UGAUGACUCUGAUGUGGACUUUGACUGCAGUUUAAGAAGAACAGCAGCAGAAUUUUAACCCCGAAGCUGAAGGAGGACAGUCUGGUUCCAGAGCGAGCAUGACCCCGAGGAACACCUGAGGUCAGAGGCCACGCCCACCAUGGACGAGCUGCACCUUGGAGAGGAGGGGAAAGAAGCACAGAUGCCCCCUCCGGGCUUCCCCCAGCCGGACCUGGCGGUGCUGUACCCCCCUGCUCCGUCCCCGGACCCGGACAACCCGCUGGCUCACCUGGGCGCGCUGCUGUCCGGACACGACGCGCCGAGGAGCGGCGGCUGGGACAGGAGGCAGGACGCUGACUUCCGGCACGGCCAGGUUCAGGGAACCAUCAGGGAACCGGGAAGCGAGGCCCACGCGGACCAGACCGUCGUCAUCCUGCACGCCAAGGUCGCUCAGAAGUCCUACGGCAACGAGAAAAGGUUCUUCUGCCCUCCUCCGUGUGUUUACAUCAGCGGCCAUGGAUGGAGAGUCAUGCAGAACCAUUUGAAAGCCGCCGGCUACGGGGCGUCGGUGUACCGGGUGUGUGGCUACAUGUGUCUGGACAGCUCCAGCCAGUCGCAGGCCGACGCUUUCAAACUGGUGUUCGACGAGCAGCCGAAUUCCAGGCUCUUCGCUUGCGCCAAGUCGCUGUUCAUCUCCGAUCAGGACAAGAGGAAACACUUCUGCCUGCUGCUGCGCCUCUUCCUGGGGAACAGACAGGAAGUGGGCUCCUUCCAGAGCAGGAUGAUCAAAGUCAUCUCUAAACCGUCCCAGAAGAGGCAGUCCAUGAAGAAUGCCGACCUGUGCAUCUCGUCCUGCUCCAGAGUGGCUCUGUUCAACCGUCUGCGCUCUCAGACGGUCAGCACUCGCUACCUGUCGGUGGAGGGAGGAGCCUUCAUCGCCAGCGCCCGGCAGUGGACGGCCUUCACCAUCACCAUGGUGGAGGAACAGCAUCCUGACCAGAGGGGCUUUGUGCUGAGCGAAGGCUUCAUCUGUUACGGCUGUGUGGUCCAGUUAGUGUGCACCGAGUCUGGAGUGGCUCUGCCGCCCAUGGUGAUCCGGAAGGUCAACAAGCAGCACGCCAUCCUGGACGUGGACGAACCCGUUUCUCAGCUCCAUAAGUGUGCCUUUCAGUUCCGAGACGACCCUCAGGCCUACCUGUGUCUGUCCAACGACACCAUCGUCCAGUACCAGGCCUCGUCCAGCCUCAGAGACCCCAGCAGAGUGGUGCUGAACGACGGGGCCUGUUGGACCAUCAUCGGGGUGGAGGCAGUGGAGUUCACCUUUAAUCUGGGCCUGGCCUGCAUCCAGGCUCCCGUCAGCCCAUUUCCUGUCAUCACCGGGUUAGAGGUGAACGGUGGAGGACACGUCGCCAUGCUGGAGAUCCACGGAGAAAACUUCAGUCCUCACCUCAAGGUGUGGUUCGGGAACAGCGAGGCUGAGACCAUGUUCAAGUCUCCCAAGUCGCUGCUGUGCGUCGUCCCCGACGUCUCGGUCUUCAGCGACGGCUGGCGCUGCCUGCGGCGCUCCGUCACCGUCCCUCUGGCGCUCAUCCGCCUGGACGGCCUGAUCUACCGCACCUCCUUCAGCUUCACCUACACCCCCGAGCUCCAGCCGCCGCCGGCCAUCCGCGGAGGAGCGGCAGGCGGGCGGAGAGACGGGGGGCCGGACAGGGGACAGGAGGAGGACAUCCUGUUAGAAACCAUCCAUCAGGAGUUCACCAGGGCCAACUUCCACCUCUUCAUGCAGAAUUAGCCUGAGCGGCUGCAGGACUGAAACCCAGGAAGAUCAAAUCACAAACAUGAAUCCAAAACUCACAGCAUGAACACCAGAAGGAGGACUGGAGAGUUUUCUACUCUUCAGUCUCUUCAGGACGUCUCCAUCACUGCUGGAACUUCAGGUUCAAUAUGGAGUCAUUCCAGGAGGUAGAACUGAGGACAAACCUUUCAUCCACUCACAGAUUAUUGAGUAAAGAUUAACAAUCCAAUCUACAUGUGGUGUUAGGAUUUUGAGAAGUGUAUUACACGUACUUAAUCCUCUUUGAGAUAUCUUGUAGAAGGUUUUUAGUGAGUUCAGAGUAAUGGAUUAAAUUCCUUGACCUUAAGUCAGACUUCCUCCCCAGGUGUGUGUGUUGGAAUAAACCAAGCUGAUCUUUGUGUCUUCCUCAGAGAGUCUUCCUCGGGUUUUAAUGUGAAGGAUCUCGAGAUAAAGAGGGUGUCCUGAAGGUGGCGUUCUCACGUUUUGCAGAUGAUGUUUUCAUUUCUGACCUCCAGCUGUAAUUUAAGGUUCACACCGAAACGUGAAGCAGUUUGUGUGCAGAAUCGUCUUCAACCAGCAGACUCAAAGUCAAGCUGCUCCUCCGAGUUGAGAUGGUUCAGCACUUAAUUAAUGAGCUCCCAGGUGGCAUUUUACUGAGGUUUAAAAAAAGACUUUAGAGCAUUGUUUACAUUAUUGUGGUGACUUUAGCGUUGGUAGUGACCCUUCUGGGCUACUGUAGCUGACGAUAAACCAUGACACUGGACCUGGAAUGACUGACAGUGAUCUGAAGGAUCUGGACUGAGAUGCUUAUUUGGACUCAAACCAUCACAAGUUUAUCCCCAAGUAACCUGAGAGAUCCAUGUGCUCAGUUUAGAUUUUAAAAUAAGCAAUAUUCUUAAACAUGUACAGUUUGUUCAGAAUCAAAUAGUUCAUUUGCACAUUUAGAGAAAUUCAAUUACCGUAUCCUGUUGGGAUCCUUCCUCAUGUGACCGGCUGUCUCCAUGAGUGUUUGGCUUCACAGUCCGUUUCUUGGAAACUUUCUGAGAAGGUUCCAGUUUCAUAGCCAUCAGGAGCUUUUUUUUUCCCCCUGGAGAAGUGAAGCCUUCCCAGUUUAGUCAUGUCUUCUAACCACAUUAAACCAAGGUUUCUUUAUCAGUGACAGCUGCAUCGAUAAAACAGACUCUGGAAGGCAUCAGGAAACAAUCGGUUCUUUUCUCAAGUCUUAAGUCUGAACAGAUCAAUGCUGAGAUAAUCUGAACCACAGCAGAGUUCAUGUCAGUCCAGCCGAACCUGCAGCAUGUGAACAAACCCUGAAACCAGGCAACAUGGACCAUAUUCAGGAAACAAGCUGCCAGCCUUCUCAGGUUUACUCUUUUUAAUUAAAUUUCUCUAUUUUUGUGAAAUCUUUAUGGGCCGUGGCAGAGAAUGUGGGCGGUGCCGCAAUAAAAGUGAGAUUUCUGUGGUUGUGGUUGAUUUCUUUCCCUCUGCAUCCAGGAGCUUCUAAACUGAGGGUUCUGUGAAAUAAACAUUGUUAUGUUUCCAUUUUAUUGCUGAUUUUUGUACUAAUUCAGGAUCAAACUGCAUGUUUAGCGGAAAGUUACCCCCUACUGAGAGUUUUCUACCGUGGGAAUGAAGUGCAAACAAAUUAGCAAGAGGAAAGCUACAUGAAGAAAUCAGCUCAGUGUGUUUUUAAAACAUGGUUUUUCAUUUGUCCAACAAAUUUUAUUGUCUUAUUAAACUGUUCCUCUUUCUGUCCUGCAGAAGGUGAACAAAUGUUGAAAUGUUUCAGUCAUUUAUCCCCGGUUACGCUGUAACAUUCACAAGUAAAAUCGUCGAACUCUCGUUUUGUUUUGGAGUGUGUUCACAUGAUAACAAUGGUUGGAACCAAUGAAAACAGGUUUUGAAAACAGCUCCCAAUGUGGAAAACUUUCCAGCACCCAUUAGUGGCCAAACAAGAAAACUACAUCAUUUGCAGUGUUUCUUUUCCUACAUGCAAAUGAAGCCUAAAUCAUGGUGAAUGUUCUGAAUCAAAGUCAAGUCCUCAGGGUUUUCAGUUUUGUGUUUUUGACUUUCCAUUGCAGUUUUGUCCCUGGGUUGUCUUUUAAGAGAGUUACGCAGAAGUGUCAUAUUAAAAUAUUUGUGUAAAAUCCACCUACACCCU